AUGGGGGGAAAAGGUGGCAAGGGAGUCUCUAGGCUGAGAAUGGGGUCCUGGAACAUAGGAACUUUGACAGGAAAGUCUAUAGAGUUAGCGAAGAUCCUCCAGAAGAGGAAGAUCAACAUAGCUUGUGUCCAUGAGACUAGAUGGGUGGGGUCAAAGGCUCGAGAUAUUGAUGGGUUUAAAUUGUGGGUCUCAGGACGCGAGAGGGGUAAGAAUGGGGUAGGUAUCUUGGUUGACAAGGAUCUUAGGGAGCUAGUGGUAGAACUUAGGAGGGUUAACGACAGGCUGAUGGAUAUUAAACUAGUUGUGGGAGGGUCUACUUUAAAUGUGAUUAGUGCUUACGCGCCUCAAGUGGGUUUGGACGAGGAGAUUAAGAGGUGCUUCUGCGAUGAAUUUGACGGGUUGGGAGACAUCUGGGGGUAUGCCAGUGUGCAUGGCGGCUUAGGCUUUGGAGUUAAGAACGAUGGAGGUACUUCAUUGUUGGACUGUGCUAAAGCCUUUGAUUUGGUGAUUUCCAACUCAUGUUUUUCGAAGAGGGAUGAGAGUAGUGGAAAAAGAGCCACUACGAUGAAAUUCAACUCAAGGAGAAGUGAUCUGAAUAAGGACAAAAAUCAGGCACAGAAGCUCAAGUGCGGACCGCAGAUUUUUAUCUGCGGCCACAGAAUGUGA